CCCCAAAGGAAGCUGUUAUUUCUACAUCAGCUCCUUCGUCUUCUUCAACCUCAACUUCUGUUCCCACCAACUUUGAUUUAGAAAUUGUUCAAAAAGUUUUUGACGCGGCUACCGCAGCCUUACACGUAACUAUUCCUGAUCUUAAGAUCGAUACUUUCUGUGAUUUCUCCCAAUACAAGGCUGAUAUGCAAUUCAAUGAGAGGACUAUUUACGUUACUGAUAUUCCACUACAAAUGAAGCCUGCAAAUAUCAAACAAGUUUUUGCCAAAUAUGAAUCUAUUACCGAUUUUAAAAUGACAGUAAGAG